AUGGACGGUCCAUCGGCGCAGGAGCAGUACAUCGACAAUGCUCUGCGCGCGGUCCAGAACAAGAAGCAGGUCCCCGAGAUCGACUUCACCCUUCACGUCAUGGAAGAUGGCACCCAGGUCUCCACACAAGAGCGAGUCUGUAAAGGUACGCCCCCCGCUCAUUGGUGCGCCGAGGGAUCACACGUCUCGCUGUACACCACGCCUUACCACUCCCCAAGCUGAAGGCUGACCGACACCGAAAAUGUAGAUGUUCAGGCACCUGCUUUCAACGUCCCCACCGAGGACCAACUCCUUUCGCCCACCGAUCGUUCGAAGCCCAAUCUCCAGUUCUUGAAACAGCACCUAUAUCGAGAGGGACGUCUCACCGAAGAGCAGGCUUUAUGGAUCAUCAAUGGAGGCACAGCGUUGCUGCGCGCAGAGCCCAAUUUGCUCGAGAUGGACGCGCCAAUCACAGUGUGCGGUGACAUUCACGGACAGUACUACGAUCUGAUGAAGCUUUUCGAGGUCGGAGGCGACCCAGCCGAGACGAGAUAUCUCUUCCUCGGAGACUACGUGGACCGCGGCUACUUCUCCAUCGAGUGCGUACUGUACCUCUGGGCGCUGAAGAUGUGGUACCCAAACACCCUCUGGCUCCUCCGCGGCAAUCACGAGUGCAGGCAUUUGACCGACUACUUCACCUUCAAGCUGGAAUGCAAGCACAAGUACAGUGAGAAGGUGUACGAAGCGUGCAUGGAGUCCUUCUGCUCCUUGCCACUUGCUGCGGUCAUGAACAAGCAAUUCCUGUGCAUCCAUGGUGGUCUCAGCCCCGAGCUGCACACAUUGGACGACUUGAAGGCGCUGGACCGAUUCCGCGAGCCACCCACCCAUGGCCUGAUGUGUGACAUUCUCUGGGCUGAUCCGUUGGAGGAGUUUGGCCAGGAGAAGACCCAGGAGUAUUUCAUUCACAACCACGUGCGAGGCUGCUCAUACUUCUUCAGCUACCCAGCCGCAUGCGCCUUCCUCGAGAAGAACAACCUUCUUUCUAUCAUCAGAGCACACGAAGCGCAGGACGCUGGAUACCGCAUGUACAGAAAGACCCGGACGACAGGAUUCCCUUCAGUGAUGACAAUCUUCUCCGCACCCAACUACCUGGAUGUAUACAACAACAAGGCAGCAGUGUUGAAGUACGAGAACAAUGUUAUGAACAUUCGGCAAUUCAACUGCACCCCUCACCCUUACUGGCUUCCAAACUUCAUGGACGUCUUUACGUGGUCGCUGCCGUUCGUCGGCGAGAAGAUCACGGACAUGCUCAUCGCCAUCCUCAACACCUGCAGCAAGGAGGAGUUGGAAGAGGAGACUCCGUUGUCGUCAGGACCGUCCUCGCCACCUAUCUCAGGGCACGGGUCUCUGGCAGGAAUGGAUCCAGAGAGUACCGAGUUCAAGCGGAGGGCUAUCAAGAACAAGAUUCUCGCAAUCGGUCGUCUGUCGCGUGUGUUCCAAGUUUUGCGUGAGGAGUCCGAACGUGUUUCGGAGCUCAAGACCGCUUCUGGAGGCAGGUUGCCUGCCGGUACGCUUAUGCUCGGUGCCGAAGGUAUCAAGCAGGCCAUUACAUCCUUCGAAGACGCCAGGAAAGUCGAUUUGCAAAACGAACGCCUGCCGCCAAGCCAUGAAGAGGUUCGCAAGAGCAGCGAGACAGCCCGUGACGAGGCGCUCAAGCGCGCCUCGCGAGAGGCUGAGAACGACACGCAGCUUGCUGGUGUUGCGCGGCGGAUAAGCAUGUAAGCCAACGCGACGCGACGAGCCCAUCUGCUGCAUGAAUACUGACAGUUCGACAGGUCAUCCGGCUCAAAGCGCAAGAGCUAG